CCGCAGCCGUCUCUCCCCCCACUCCUUCCUCUUCCCCCAACCAAACCCACCACCAAGAACACACCGCACCAACCGGCCUCCCAAAACCCCACGAGGAAUCCCCCCAAUUCGCCCUGCCCCCUCGCAGAUCGCACCAUCGGCGCGCGAUUGCAGCUGAUUCGACCCCGAAUCCCCAGCCUCCCAGGCCGUGGCGCCGGUUUCUCGCCAGAAAAAUCGGCUCUGUGAUUGGGGACCGGAGAUGGGGGAGGGGGUGAAGGCGAUGCUAGCCCGGCCGAUCCAGCUGGCCGACGAGGUCGCCAAGCAGUGCGCCGCCGCUCGGAGCUUCCGCGCCGAGUGCGCCGAGCUCAAGGCGCGCGCCGACAAGUUGGCCGCGCUGCUGCGGCAGGCGGCGCGGGCGCCGGAGCUCUACGACCGCCCCGCUGCCCGGAUAAUGGCGGGGGCCACCACGGCGCUUUCCAGGGCCUCCGCCCUCGCCGCCCGGUGCGCGCGGGGCCACCCGCGGCUCCGCAGCCUCUUCACGCUCAGCCCCGCCUCCGGGUUCCCGCGGGCCGUCGCGGCGCUCGAAACGGCCCUCGAGGACGUCGCGUGGCUGCUCCGCAUCUCCUCGCCCGGCGCCGCCGGGGACGACGACGACGACUCGCUCCUCGGCCUCCCCAACAUCGCGCAGAACGAGCCCAUCCUCUUCUUCAUCUGGGACCACGUCGCGCGCCUGCACACGGGCUCCCCCGCUGCCCGCGCCGACUCGGCCGCCAACCUCGCCUCGCUCGCCCGCGACAGCCAGCACUUCGCCAAGCUCAUCAUCGAGGAGGACGGCGUGCCGCCGCUCCUCAAGCUUCUCAAGGACGGCACCGACGAGGGCCAGGAGGCUGCCGCUCGCGCGCUGGGUCUGCUCGGAUGCGACGCCGAGAGCGUCGAGAAGCUCGUGCAGGCGGGGGUGUGCUCCUCCUUCGCAGCCGCGCUCAAGGACCCGCCCAUGUGCGUGCAGGCUGCGGUGGCGGAGGCCAUCGCUGCCCUCGCCGACCGGAGCUCCACGUGCCAGGACCUCUUUGCUCAGAACAACACCGUGCGGUACCUGGUUGGCCACCUUGCCUCCGGGACCAUCCAGGAGCACAGCAGGUACUCUGUCGGCUCCAAUAGCUCCAAGAACAGCACUGCUGCGCCACAGCAGCCCAUGAAGUCGCUCCACUCUGUGGUACUUGCCAAGACGCAUAGCAUGCGCCACACCGGUGGUGAUCGCGACACCGCAAUUCACACUGAUGAGCCGCCGAGGAUGUCCAACGGAGGCGAGCAAGAUGCGAAAAGGAACCCCCAUAUGCAGUCGGUGGUGCACUCUGCCAUAGCUGCCAAAACAAACACAAAUGGCUCAUUUGUUUGUCCGUUCAGGCCUCAGCUUGGAACUAGUGGCUCCAGUGGCCGUGGUGCUCGUGAGGCGGAGGAUCCUGAGAUCAAGGCACAUUUGAAGGCCAUGGCUGCGAAAGCAUUGUGGAAACUGGCCCGUAACCAUUUGGGUGUCUGCAAGAGCAUUACAGAGUCUCGUGCGCUUCUGUGCUUUGCUGUACUUCUUGAGAAGGGUGAUGGAGAUAUGGGCACUGAAGUACAGUUCUUCUCGGCAAUGGCAAUCAUGGAAAUUGCACGUGUUGCUGAGCAUAGCCUUGUUCUGCGGCAGUCGGCAUUCAAGCCCAGCUCCCCAGCAGCUAAGGCUGUGGUUGAUCAGCUGCUCCGCGUCGUCCGCAAGGGUGAAUAUGAUGAGUUGCUCCUCCCAUGUAUCACCGCCCUUGGCUGCCUUGCACGUACCUUCACAGCUAGUGAAACUAGGGUCAUCGCCCCUCUUGUGCAGCUUCUUGAUGAGCGUGAGCCACCAGUCACCAAGGAAGCAGUGGUUGCACUCACUAAGUUUGCAUGCUCUGAGAACCACCUACAUGUGAACCAUUGCAAAGCCAUUGUCGAUGAUUGUGGUGCUCGCCAUCUUGUCCAGCUUGUCUACCUCGGUGACGAAAUUCAGAUUGAGGCGCUGAUACUACUCUGUUACAUUGCACUGUCUGUGCCUGAGAGCGAGGAGCUCGCGCAGGCUGGGGUGCUAGCUGUGCUGCUCUGGGCAUCAAAGCAGGCUCACAUGGUGCAGGACACACGUGUUGAGGUGCUACUGCGAGAUGCCAAGUCGAGGCUAGAGUUGUUCCAGUCCAGGGCCUCCAGAUGAUGUUGGGAACAGGAUCACUGGACAUUGGUUAGUAGUUCUUUGCUGCAAUGUGUAACUAGUGUAGAAUUAUUUCCAUUAUUCGCAGUUGUUCUUGUGUGGUACAUUACAUUUUAGUCUGUACAUACAAUGGCACCAAUUUCUCUCUGAAAUUGGUUUUUUUUUGUGGGGUGGGGGGGGGGGGGGGGGGGGGCGGGGAUUAUAAAUUCAAAAGACAUUGAAAAGGAACAUGUUGGCCAUGGAAAAUUUCCUGUUCAUAUCUUUCUUUACCAUGUAAACAUUAUUUUUCCAUGAAUUUUAUUUGUUCAAGAUCUUGUUUUGGUUCUGUUUUUUCUUCUGAAUGGGCAUAUUAGUUAUGUUUGUGAGUGACUUGCAGUUAAAUCAAUCAAAGUUUAUAAUCUUA